UCAAGUUUCUUGGAGGAGGCAAGUUAUACCUUCUGCGUUUUUUCUCUUUUCUCGCAUCUCCUGUUUUUUUAUUCUCUUCUAGUUACAAAUGGCUGCUUCCAGAUGGUUGAAGCCCGAGGUUUACCCUCUUUUUGCUUCAGUUAGUGUGGCCGUUGGGAUCUGCGGCAUGCAACUUAUCAGGAACAUCACUACCAAUCCUGAAGUCAGGGUACUAAAAGAGAAUAGAGCAGCAGGAGUGCUCGAGAACUUCGCAGAGGGUGAGAAGUAUAAGGAACAUGGACUAAGGAAGUUUCUCCGCAACAGGCGUCCUGAGAUUAUGCCAUCUGUCAACAACUUCUUCUCUAAACCAAACUAACCAAUUAUUCAUUCAUUCAUAAUUUGAUUCCUGAGAGAUUAGUUUUACGUUUUCGGAUUUUGUUGAGAGAGGUUUUAUUUAGGAUGCUCCAAUAUCAUUUUUUCAUAUCACUACUACUUGUAAUUUGUUGGUGGAUGAGCCAUGUCCAUGUCGUUCAAUAAAUAAUAAUAAAGUUUCUCA